AUGAUGGAAAAAAUGUCAUUUUCUGAAAUGAUGAUAAAGAUAGAAAAAUUGCUCUUAGAAAUACAAACAGUUUCUAAAAGUGAUAGAAAAAAAACCGAAGAAAAUAAUGAAAAGAAAAUCAGUCUUAAUAGAAUAAAUACACAAAUACAAAAACAAAUUUUGUAUAAUAAAAAGUUAACUAACGAAAUACAUGGUAUUGAUAAGCUCAAACACGAAUACGAAGAUGAAUUAAAUGAUAAGCUACACAAUAAAAAAAUAUUGUCUUCAAAGAUUAUGGAACAAUUUGAAGAAAUACAACGUUUAUUAGAUAUGUUGAUUGGAAAGGAAGAACUGAUAUUGUCAACUUUCAAUUUAUUAAUCACUAAUGGAUAUAUGAGUUAUUGGAGAUCAAUGGCCAAGAUACUAACAAAAAAUGCAGAGCUCUGGACGACGCCGGCGCACAACCAAUCUGGAAUGCACUUUAAGGUCAAUUUUCCGUUCGAUGAAAAUACAAAUCUGACUACAAACAAUAAUCAGAAAAACGAAGGGUUUGAGACCUUAAAGUAUUAA